AUGCAUCUCGCCAAGUGCCUGCUCCUUCUCCUGGUCGGACUACUGGCCCUUUCUCACGAUGGCCAAGGUCAUACUCACAACUACUCUCAGGAGGCUCCAGGCCCAGGUGAGGGCUCCCCCAGCCUCAAGAUCGCCCCGAGCAACACCGCCUUUGCCUUCAACCUCUACCACCUGAUGGCUUCCGAAGCCCCCGAGAGCAACAUCUUCUUCUCCCCGCUGAGCAUCUCCGCCGCCUAUGCCAUGCUGUCCCUGGGGGCCCGCUCACACACCUGGACCCAGAUCCUCGCGGGUCUGGGCUUCAACCUCACGAAGAUGUCCGGGUCCGAGAUCCACCAGGGCUUCCAGCACCUUCUGCACACUCUCAACCUCCCGGACGACAAGCUAGAGACACGCGUGGGCAGUGCCCUUUUCCUCAGCCAGGACCUACCGCUCCUUCCGAGAUUCCUUAAUGACACCAUGGUCUUCUACGGGUCCAGACUCUUCCGCACCGACUUCCUUGACUCCAAGGGCACAGCCCAGCUUAUCAACGACCACGUCAAGGAGGAAACUCGAGGGAAGAUUGAGAACUUGGUCGAUGGGCUCAGCACAGAUACGAUGAUGGUGCUGGUGAAUUACAUUUACUUCAAAGCUCCGUGGGAGAAACCGUUCAUCUCCUCGAGGAGCAGUCCAAGAGACUUCUAUGUCGAUGAGAACACAAAGGUCAAGGUGCCUAUGAUGUUUCAAGAUAAGUACCACCACUGGUACCUUCAUGACAGGUACUUGCCCUGCUCCGUGCUGAGGAUGGAUUACAAAGGAAACGCAAAGGCUUUUUUCAUCCUUCCUGACCAAGGGAAAAUGAAGCAGGUGGAAGAGGUUUUGACUCCAGAGAUGCUGACAAGGUGGAACAACUUGCUCCAGAGGAGGUCUUUUUACAGGAAGCUCGAGUUGCAUUUCCCCAAGUUCUCCAUUUCUGGCUCCUAUGACUUAGAUCAGAUGUUGCCCAAGCUGGGCAUCAGGGACCUGUUUUCGCAGCAGGCUAAUCUGUCCGGCAUCACCACACAGCAAAAUCUGCUGGUGUCCAGGAGUUUCCACAAGGCCAUCCUGGAUGUGGACGAGGCUGGCACGGAGGCUGCAGCGGCCACCAGCGUCUCUGUCACCUUUCUGUCCGCCUCACACAAUCAUCGAGUCCUUCGGUUCAACCGGCCUUUCCUCGUGGUGAUCUUUUCUACCAAGACCCAGAGCAUCCUCUUUCUGGGCAAGGUUGUCAACCCCACGAAACCAUAG